GGAGCAAAUAAUGGGGAUUUGAAAGAUUUGCAGCUAAUGAAAAUAGAUGUUUCCUAAAUGUGGGCUGUAGCUGAGAUAUGUGAACAGAUUGGAAAGACUAAGUGACUUCGUGACAGCCAAUGGGUUUGACGCUUCAAGCCAGACUCGGCAGAAGGGACUGAUUGUGCAGUGAGUUCCUCCACUAGCUGUGACUACAGUGUAUUCUUCCCUCCCUCCCAACUCACACACCAGGAGAGAGGAGCUUUAUUGGGAACUGUCCAGUUCUGUGGUACUGAACUCAAUGAAAAAGGAACUUACAAAGCGGUUAGUAGCUGGAGGCUGGAAAUUUAGGAUACACUGACUUUUGGAAUUAGCAGCAAGAACAGGUUGUUGCUGAGAGGGAAUCCCCAGUACUUGCGGAGCCAAAAAUCUCUGUUUGGCAAAGCCUGAACUUCUGUUGUUGGGCUAAGACAUUCAGUGAGUUUCUGAAGAGAACGGUUAAGCUCAGAGGAACACAGACUGGACCUCAACACUGUAACAGUCACAGCUUUCAUCUAAAAGACAUUUCCAUUUCGGAAGGAAAGUUUUAAGAAGAUAUAUUUUUGCAAUAUGGCAUUUAUGGUGAAGACAAUGGUAGGUGGGCAGCUGAAGAACCUCACAGGAGGUCUUGGGGGAAAAGAGGAAAAAGGAGAAGGAGAAAAAUCAGCAGCAGAAGCACAAGGGAUGACAAGGGAGGAGUAUGAAGAGUAUCAAAAACAGCUACUUGAAGAAAAGAUGGAGAGGGAUGCCUUGUACACGCAGCGCAAGGCGGAGAGAGCUACACUUCGAAGCCACUUCAGAGAAAAGUACCGCCUGCCCAAGAGUGAAACUGAUGAUGCACAGAUCCAGUUGGCUGGAGGAGAUGUGGACCUACCUAAAGAACUGGCUAAAAUGAUUGAAGAGGACAAUGAGGAAGAGGAGGGAAAAUCAUCUGUCAUAGGACAGCUAACCAGCAUCCAAAAUCUUGACUUAGAAUCAAUCAAAGGAAAAGCACAGUCCACUCUGGAUGACCUGAAGCAGUCAGCAGAGAAGUGUAUAGUAAUGUGACCUGUACUACUUGAUUUAAACCAGCUAGCAGGCAGUCAGGACAUUUAAUAUCACUUUCACUCCAACAGACCCAGUUCUGGUGACUGCCCAAAAUACAAGCCAGCUAAGUAAUACAGUUGGUGCCCAAAUUCCAGCAAAAGUGUUAGUGACCCAUUGAUAAGAGCCCAACCCUGCAUCCCCAGUCCAACAUCUUUGGAAUUCAAAAAAAGGCAGUUCAAGAGUCUGCAGUAUAACGUUUGGCUACAUGGAACAGUAAUGACAUGUUUAAAAUAUAUAUAUAAUCCUUUCUACAACUUUCGUGUUAAGAGGUGUAAUGCUGAGUGUUAAGACUUUUGCUCACAAAACAUAUAGAUCAUUGUGAAGAACACAAUCAGGAUAUACAAAUGGAAAAGGGGCCAGUUCUAACUCAGGAAGGGAGAAAAAUGGAAAGCACAAAACAGGUUAGAAGGCAAAACAAAUUUUCUUACAGUGUGUGUGUAUGUUUUAUUAUACAUUGUAUUAAACACUACUUUAAAUAUCAAA